GCGUGUCCGGGAGUCAUGCAUAUAAUAGCCAGACGAGCCGCUGCUGGGUUUGGCUCCCCAGUCCUCCUCCGCGCUCUGUGCACCAGCAGACCCACCGGCAGCCGCAGGCUCAGUACGAUGGCAGACUUCUCCCCUGAACAAGAGGUGUUCAACAAGCCCAAGGUUGAGCUUCAUGUGCACCUCGAUGGAGCCAUCAGGGUGCAGACAAUUCUCGAUGUCGCCAAGAGACGUGGAAUCCCUCUGAAAGCAAACACCGUGGAGGAGCUGACACAGAUUAUUAUUGUCGAUAAACCUGGCACCCUCACCAAGUUCCUGGGCAAGUUCGCGGAGUACAUGCACGUGGUUGCCGGAGACAGAGAGGCCAUAAAGAGGAUAGCCUACGAGUUUGUCGAGGACAAAGCCAAGGAGGGAGUGAUUUAUGUUGAGGUCAGAUACAGCCCGCAUUUCCUGGCAAACACCAAAGUGGAUCCGAUACCGUGGAACCAGAAAGAAGGGGACCUGAGCCCAGACGAGGUGGUGCAACUGGUUAACGAGGGCCUCAGCAAGGGGGAGAGGGCCUUCAAUAUCAAAGCCAGGUCCAUUCUAUGCUGCAUGCGCCACAUGCCAAGCUGGUCCAUGGAUGUUGUCAAGCUGUGUAAGAAAUAUCGCGAAGAAGGAGUGGUUGCCAUCGAUCUGGCAGGCGAUGAGUCUCUCAACUGUGAGGCCUAUCCAGACCACAGGAACGCCUACGAGGAAGCAGUGCUCUGUGAGAUCCACAGGACAGUUCACGCAGGCGAGGUGGGGCCGGCGUCUGUUGUGAAGGAGGCCGUAGACGUGCUGAAGGCUGAACGGGUUGGACACGGUUACAAUACCCUGCAAGACCAAGACCUGUACAAAAGACUGCUGGCUCAGAACAUGCACUUUGAGGUGUGUCCUAUUUCCAGUAAGCUGACAGGUGCAUGCGACCCAGACUUCACCAAGCAUCCUGUCAUCACAUUCAGAAAGGACAAGGCGAACUACUCCCUGAAUACAGAUGACCCUCUGAUCUUCAACUCAAACCUGGGCCUCGACUACAAAACCGCGCACAAAUACAUGGGAUUCACCGAGGAGGAAUUCAAACGACUGAACAUCAAGUCUGCAGAGUCGUGCUUCCUGCCUGAGACGGAGAAGAAGGAGCUCCUCCAAAGACUCUACGAGGCCUACGGGAUGAUACGGAGCACCGCCUUUUAAACCUGAGGAGGGGGGG